AUGGAGAAAGAAAGAAAUGGUAGCAAAUGCGGCAAAGAGCGAUGGCAUCAAGCAGUGGUGAAGCUCCGAUGGUGCAACCAACUCUCUCCACAGGUGGAGUAUCGGGCUUUCACCCCCAAAGAGGACGACACCAUAAUCAGAGCUCACACUCGGUUCGGAAACAAGUGGGCCACCAUAGCCCGACUCAUUUUCAACAGAACCGACAAUGCCAUUAAGAACCACUGGAACUCCACCCUCAAACGCAAGUGCGCCUCCAUGGACCCCAUCGACGAUCCUCACUUCGCGCAGCCACCCAAACGCUCUGUUAGCACUGGUGCCGCCAUACUCGUGUCAACGGUGGUGGUGAGGUACUCAUUGCCAACGGUGAUGGCGAUGACGGAGAUGGCGGGUAGGAAGGGGAGGAUGCGGAUGGAGAGCCAGGAGUGUGCAGUGGAGAUGUCGGAGCAGAUGUUGACGACGCGGGAGUUCUCGAGGGAGACAAUGAAAUCAAUGGCGGUGUGUGGAGAAAGCUUGGAGGAUUCAGGAUUAGAUUCAUAG